UUACGUUGUUUCGUAUAGAUUGUGAACAAACAGCAUCAUGCCUGAACCAGCGAAGUCUGCGCCUAAGAAGGGCUCCAAGAAGGCCGUCACGAAGACCGCCGGUAAGGGAGGAAAGAAGCGUAAGAGGUCCAGGAAGGAAAGUUAUGCUAUCUACGUCUACAAAGUCCUGAAGCAGGUUCAUCCUGACACCGGUAUCUCUUCCAAGGCGAUGGGCAUCAUGAACUCUUUCGUCAACGACAUCUUCGAGCGCAUCGCCGGUGAGUCGUCUCGUCUCGCUCACUACAACAAGCGCUCCACCAUCACUUCUAGAGAGAUCCAGACCGCCGUGCGUCUGCUGCUGCCCGGAGAGUUGGCUAAACACGCCGUGUCCGAGGGCACCAAGGCAGUGACCAAGUACACCAGCUCCAAAUGAGGUGUGAUGUGACUUUAACCACCCCAAAGGCUCUUUUAAGAGCCACCCAUUUUCUCAGAUAAAGAGCUUUCAGUGUUUUAGCGGCAUGUCUUGUGACAAGUUUCAGUAGAAGUUCGAUUCCGUAGUUUCAUUUUGGUGGUACUCUAGAACUGGUUUGAGGACCGCUGCAAUAAGUAACAUACAAAAAUACAAUAUGUUGAUGUGUUUAUUCUUGAUGUGAGUUUCUAAUGGUUUACCAGUAGUUUAGUGACUUCAACAAAAACUUAUAAAGUAAGCUACAUGCAGGAUAAAAGUAUUUGACAAUCACAGACCGCAGAUGACUUAAACAGUGAC